UUGUGGGGGACGCGCCGGGCCGGGCGGCCGCGCCGCGGGCUGCUACCGCUGCGGCCCGGACCUCCCGGGGCAGCAGCCCGAGGCCCCGGCGCGUCCCCGAGCCAUGUCGGUAGCCGCGCUUCUCUGCGCGCUGUGCUGUGGCCUCUUGGCCACUUCUGCUCGUGCCGGCUACUCCAAGGACCGCUGCAGCUGGAGGGGCAGCGGCUUGACCCAGGAGCCCGGCAGCGUGGGGCAGCUGACCCUGGAUUGUACUGAGGGCGCUAUCGAGUGGCUAUAUCCAGCCGGGGCGCUUCGCCUGACCCUGGGCAGCCCCGAUCCGGGCACGCAGCCCAGUAUCGUCUGUCUGCGCCCCGCGCGGCCCUUCGCUGGUGCCCAGGUCUUCGCUGAACGGAUGGGCGGCAACCUGGAGUUGCUACUGGCCGAGGGCCCAGACUUGGCUGGGGGCCGCUGCAUACGAUGGGGUCCCCGCGAGCGCCGGGCCCUUUUCCUGCAGGCCACACCACAUCGCGACAUCAGCCGCAGAGUUGCUACCUUCCGUUUUGAGCUGCACGAGGACCAGCGUGCAGAAAUACCUCCCCAGGCCCAAGGUCUUGGUGUAGAUGGUGCCUGCAGGCCCUGUAGUGAUGCUGAGCUCCUUCUGGCUGCAUGUACCAGUGACUUUGUGAUCCAUGGGACCAUCCAUGGGGUCGCCCACAACAUGGAGCUGCAAGAAUCAGUCAUCACUGUGGUGGCCACCCGUGUCAUCCGCCAGACACUGCCACUGUUCCAUGAAGAGGGCUCAGAGGGCCAGGGCCAGGCCUCCAUUCGUACCCCAUUGCGCUGUGGUGUGCGCCCUGGCCCGGGCUCCUUCCUUUUCAUGGGAUGGAGCCGAUUUGGUGAAGCCUGGCUGGGCUGUGCUCCCCGCUUCCAAGAGUUCAGCCGUGUCUAUACAGCUGCCCUAACAGCCCACCUCAACCCAUGUGAGGUGGCACUGGACUGAGAGCCCUGGGAGCAAGCCCCCGCCGGACCUUCUCCUGGGAGUGGGAUACUGGGGAGGGGUGGU